UGUCUCUUUGUACUUGCUGCAGUCAUUUCACUCCCCACUUUCUCUACCUUCUCCCACAAGCCCCACUUCACGAAAAUCGCUGCAAUUUUCUUGAUUUUUCAGCUUUUAUUAUUAUUAUUUUUUUAUUUUUUGUUUUUGUUUUUGUUUUUGCUUUCAUGUGAAGCCAUUCUCUCUGCAACCUUUUUGCUGUCUCCAUUAAAGCUUUCACGACCUCAUUUUUCCCACCAGAAGUUGAAGAACACUUUCAGAAAUCCUUUAUAAAUCCCUUGUGAUAAGUUCUUUUUCUUUCAGUCAUACUCCUAAAAUGUGGUGUUCAGUGAGGAAAAGGAGAGAUUAUAGGUUUAGAGUUUUGAUUCAUUUCAUUUUCGUCCUUCUGGAAUGUAGUUUUCCGGUGGGUGCAAUUUUGGACCCGAUUGAUUUCCUGGCAUUGCAGUCGAUCCGGAAGAGUUUGGAUGAUUUGCCCGGGUCGAAUUAUUUUGGUUCGUGGGAUUUUACUUCGGAUCCAUGCAAUUUUGCUGGUGUGUACUGUGAUGGAGAUAAAGUGAUAGCUCUGAAUCUUGGUGAUCCACGGGCCGGGUCUCCGGGUUUAACUGGUCGGAUAGACCCGGCGAUUGGGAAACUGUCUGCUCUUUCGGAGUUUACUGUAGUUCCGGGCCGGAUCAUAGGGUCUCUGCCUCAAACUCUGUCUCAGUUGAAGAACCUCAGGUUUCUUGCUGUCAGCAGGAACUUCAUCUCCGGUGAUAUUCCGGCGACUCUGGGCGAGCUCCGGGGACUGCAAACGCUUGAUCUUAGCUUUAAUCAGUUUUCAGGUAGCAUUCCGUGGUCUAUCGGAACUCUACCGGCGUUAUCGAACAUCAUUCUUUGUCACAACAAGCUGUCUGGUUUAGUCCCGCCGUUCGUAUCCCAGACCCUAACCCGGCUCGAUCUCAAGCACAAUGAUCUCGCCGGUUCCAUUUCCCCACUUGGCCUACCCCCAUCACUCCAAUACCUCUCAUUAUCAUGGAACCGGCUGACAGGGCCAGUGGACCUGCUGCUGACCCGUUUAGACAGGCUGAACUACCUCGACCUCAGCUUGAACCAGUUCACCGGCUCCAUUCCCGGCAAUUUAUUCACAUUCCCACUCACUAACCUUCAACUGCAAAGAAACCAGUUUUCUGGCCCAGUAGAACCUGUCGAUCAGGUUACAAUCCCAACUGUUGAUCUCAGCUUCAACCGGCUUUCAGGUGGGAUUUCUCCAUUAUUCUCUACAGUCCAAAACUUAUACCUAAACAACAACCGGUUCACCGGAGAAGUACCGGGUAGCUUCGUCGACCAGCUAUUAUCCGCCGGUAUACAAAUCCUGUAUUUGCAGCACAAUUAUUUGACUGGAAUCGAGAUUAAUCCUUCAGCUGCGAUUCCACUAAGCAGCUCAUUGUGCCUACAGUAUAAUUGUAUGGUGCCGCCUAUAGAGACGCCAUGCCCAUUCAAAGCUGGGAAGCAAAAAACAAGGCCUACUGAGCAGUGCAUUCAGUGGAAAGGGUAAGCUGGAGAAGAACGGGACACGUUGGGAAUUGCAGUGGUUUUGGGGCAUUAAAAUUAAAUUCAUUUAUUUGUUUUUGCAAUGAUAUGGGUAAUUAAUUAAUCUGAUAAAAUAAAAUUAAAUUGUGGAUAAUAAUCAUCAUAAGAGACAAUGUAGCUAAGUUGAUUUCAAUUUAUGGGCUGGCUAAAAUAUAAUUAGGUUUGCUAAUUUUUGGUAUUUGAUUUGUAAUUAGGUAACUAAUGGUUUAUCUAUUAUGUUAAUUUCUUAUUGUUUUUAUAAUGCUUUCAUUUAUUCAAUGACAAGUAUCAAGAAUGGAUAGGUAGCUCAAUUGAUUUAAUGGUAUGGAAUAAGCCAUUUGUACAAUGAAUUUGUACAACAUAUUUGACAAUGGUGUAGGUGUCAAAAAAGUAUUGAUGAGAAAGAUAAAAUAUUUUUCGAACU